AUGUCUAAUCUUGUUUUAGCUCUCUCUGAUCUGGAGAUGGUGGCCCAAUCAAUCACAUUUAUUUUGGCUGGCUAUGAGACCACAAGCAAUGCUCUUUCCUUUAUUAUGCAUACACUGGCCACUCACCCAGAUGUCCAGAAGAAACUCCAGCAUGAAAUUGAUGCAGUUCUGCCCAAUAAGGCACCUGCCACUUGUAAUGGCCUGGGAGAGAGAGAGUAUCUGGACAUGGUAAUCGAUGAAACUCUGAGAUUAUAUCCAGUUGCUGCCAAAAUUUCCAGACUCAGUAAGAAAGAUGCUGAAAUCAAUGGUGUGUUCAUUCCCCAAAAUACAAAAGUAGCUGUACCUCUCUUUCUUCUUCACCAAGAUGCAGAAUACUGGCCAGAACCUGAGAAAUUUUGCCCUGAAAGGUUCAGCAAGGAGAAUAAGGACAGAAUCAAUCCUUAUGUAUACAUGCCUUUUGGAAAUGGGCCUAGAAACUGCCUUGGCAUGAGGUUUGUUCUCAUUAACAUGAAGCUUGCUGUUGUCAAAGUCUUGCAGAACUUUUCUGUGCAGCCUUGUGAGGAAACAGGUGAGAUUCCCUUGAAGUUAAGUAAGGAACUGAUUGUUUCUCCAGAAAAACUUAUUGUCCUGAAAGUUAUAUCAAGAGAUGGGGCCAUAAAUGAAGGCUGA